AUGAGUCCCCAAGUAAAACACGUUAGUUCGUCUCGUCUUUUAAAUGGCUUAUCCGAAGCACACAGUAACGAGAAAAAUAAUAAUGUAACUAAGGUUAUGAAAUCGAAUCAAUUAUUGCCUGAGCACGAAAACAAUGAAGUAGGAGAAGGAGUAUAUGAAGACCAACCAAAUUCUGAAAUGCUUGUUGUAAGAGAUAAAAAUGGGAAGCCCGUCGAUAAAAAUAAAUUAAAAAAUAAUGUAAAAAUAAUUUUUACAGAUUUAGAUGGAACAUUAUUAAAUGAUGACCAUAAACCAUCCAAAUUAAAUAUAGAAAGUUUAGUAAAGGCACAAAAUAAAGGAAUAAAAGUAGUUAUUGCUACUGGUCGUCCAAUAUUUUCAGUUAAUGCUGUAAUAGGAGAAUAUAUUAAAAAAUAUAAUUUAAGUUAUUUUCCUGGAAUAUAUCUAAAUGGCUGUAUCAGUUAUGGAGCUAAUGGUGAAGGAAUAAUUGAUAAAUAUAUAGAUGAUAAAUUAGUAAUGGAUAUAUAUAAUUUUUCAAAGAAAAACAAUUUCGUUGAUCGUAUUGUUUGCUAUAGUGUAAAAGAAACACAUGUAUUUGGUAUGAAUGAAUAUAUUAAUGAAUAUAUGACUCUUGAAUCUAUAUUGCCUGAUAUUAUUGAUGAAGAAAGAUUAAAAAAUACAAGAUUAUACAAAAUCUUAAUUUGCUUAAAUGAACAAAACUUACAAAGUGUAUUAAAAAUGUAUCAAGACGAAUUUUCGGAUCGAAUUCGUGUAGCUAACACAUUUAGAACAUAUGUAGAAGUGUUUCAUCAUGAUACAAAUAAAUUUGAAGGCGUAAAAGCAUUAUGCAAACAUUUCGGUAUAAGUUUAAAUGAUGCAUUAGCUAUAGGAGAUGCUGAAAACGAUAUAGAGAUGCUACGAGGCGUAGGAACUUCAAUAGCAGUACAGAAUGCUGCUAGUGAAAUAAAGGCAUGCGCAAAAUAUGUAGCUCCAUCAAACAAUGAUGAUGCGGUACAUCAUGCACUACGAACAUUUUGUGAUAUUUAA